CCAUCCAUCCUCAGCACGAGAUGCUGCGCGAACUGUGUGCAGAUCACGCAAUCCUCUCCGACUCCGAGCUGUUCGGCGAGGAGACAUGCAUACAAGCUGGAUAAAUGACUCCUCGACGAAGUAGGAAGCUCAUUUAAAGUGGAAAGAGCGCUCUCGCCGAGCAUGGUGAAGGACGCAUCACCAAGACGCAACUUCGGGAUUUACUUGUAAAGACGCCGGGUUUUUUUUAUUGUUUUUGUUUUUACUGGGGAUCCUGGUAUUAUCUGAAUAUAAACAUGCCUAUACGAAGAGGUCACGUUGCGCCGCAAAACACCUUCCUUGGAUUAAUUAUUCGGAAAUUCGAGGGUCAGAAUCGGAAAUUUAUAAUAGCCAAUGCCAGGGUGGAGAACUGUGCAAUUAUCUACUGCAACGAUGGCUUCUGUGAGAUGACAGGCUUCUCAAGACCAGACAUCAUGCAGAAGCCCUGCACCUGUGAUUUCCUCCAUGGGGACCUGACUGACAAAGAAGCCAUGAGCCAGGUGGCCCAGGCAGUGGCCGGGUCCGAGGAGCGCAAGUUGGAGAUAACCUACCACCGUAAAGAUGGGUCCGACUUUCAGUGUAACACCCACAUAAUCCCAGUGAAGAAUGAAGAAGGCGUGGUGAUGAUGUUUAUCUUAAAUUUCGAAUACGUCGUGGACGAGGGAAGCGACAACUCCACGGAGAAUAUAAGCCCUGCAUCCCCUACAAAGUCAGAUAGUAGGAAAAGUCGGUUCUUCCGCUUCCGCCAGGCUGCUUUGAGCCUAAUGAACACCAAGCAAUCUCUUCCACAAGAGGAUCCAGAUGCAGUGAUGGUGGAAUCUCCCAAAGAGGACCAGAACUCAGUGGCUCUGGAGAGCUUCCCCUCACCUACAAAAAGCAUCUGCAGUCCUACGGAGGCCAAUGACACGCGUGCCCUUAUAAGCUCGAGCCACCACUGUUCCCAGGCUAGCAUUGGCCCUGAACCGCUUGACCAUUCAUCCCUUAAACUCCCCUGGGAGAAGCUGUACCAGACGGAGCCACACCAGUCCUCUACAUCCCUGUCAAACACCUUCCCUAGAGGCAGCAUCAGCAGCGUGAGGAGAGCCUCAUCCAUCCAUGAAAUUGAGGGCUAUAGCUCCAAUUCCAAAAGUGCAUUCAGGGACCGGCAUUCAAGUGAAGACAAUGGUAGCUAUUACAGAGGCCCUUUCAACCAUGUGUCCAGCCUGCUUGGCUCCACCUCUGACUCCCACAUCAACAAGUACAGCACCAUCAACAAGCUCCCUCUGAUCGCGCUCAACUUCUCAGAGGGAGCUGAUAAGAAGGCUCAUUCUCCUCCAACAUCUGAGACCAUCAUAGCACCAAAGGUCAAAGACAGAACUCACAAUGUCACAGAGAAGGUUACGCAGGUCCUGUCACUUGGAGCUGACGUGCUGCCAGAGUACAAACUUCAGACAAACCGCAUCGACAAGUUCACCAUCCUCCACUACAGCCCCUUCAAGGCCGUCUGGGACUGGCUGAUCCUGCUGCUUGUCAUCUACACGGCAAUCCUCACGCCGUACUCUGCCGCUUUUCUCCUAAAUGACCAAGAGGAGCAAAGGAGGCGCGAAUGCGGAUACUCCUGCAGUCCUCUUAACGUAGUAGAUUUAAUGGUGGACAUCAUGUUUAUUAUUGACAUCCUCAUAAAUUUCAGGACCACUUACGUAAACCUGAACGAGGAAGUGGUCAGCCAUCCGGCGAAGAUAGCCAUCCACUACUUUAAAGGCUGGUUCCUCAUCGACAUGGUGGCAGCAAUCCCUUUUGAUCUUCUCAUCUUCGGCUCGGGAUCAGAUGAGACAACCACGCUGAUUGGCCUGUUGAAGACAGCGAGGCUCCUGCGGUUGGUGCGCGUAGCCAGGAAGCUGGACCGCUACUCUGAGUACGGCGCGGCGGUCCUGAUGCUGCUCAUGUGCAUCUUUGCCCUAAUUGCCCACUGGUUAGCCUGCAUAUGGUACGCCAUUGGUAACGUGGAGAAGCCUUACUUGGAGCACAAGAUCGGCUGGCUCGACAAUCUGGGCGUGUCCAUAGGGAAGAGAUACAACUACAGCGAUCCUAACUCUGGUCCCUCCAUCAAGGACAAGUAUGUGACAGCACUUUACUUCACCUUCAGCAGUCUGACAAGUGUGGGCUUUGGAAAUGUUUCUCCGAACACCAACUCAGAGAAGAUCUUCUCCAUAUGUGUGAUGUUAAUUGGCUCGCUUAUGUAUGCCAGUAUUUUUGGAAACGUCUCGGCCAUCAUUCAGAGGUUGUAUUCAGGGACGGCUCGCUAUCAUGCUCAGAUGUUACGGGUCAAGGAGUUCAUUCGUUUCCACCAGAUUCCCAACCCACUGAGGCAAAGGCUGGAGGAAUACUUCCAGCACUCGUGGACUUACACCAACGGCAUCGAUCUGAACACGGUGUUAAGAGGUUUUCCUGAGUGCCUGCAGGCGGAUAUUUGCCUUCACCUCAACAGAAAUCUUCUGCACAACUGCAAAGCUUUCGAAGGAGCCACCAAAGGGUGCUUGAGGGCCUUGGCCAUGCGCUUCAAGACGACUCACGCCCCCCCCGGAGACACUCUGGUCCACGGCGGCGAUGUCCUCACCGCCCUCUACUUUCUUAACCGCGGCUCUAUUGAGAUCUUGAAAGACGACAUUGUGGUCGCUAUCCUUGGAAAAAAUGACAUUUUCGGAGAGUUGAUCCAUCCUUUUGCCAAGCCCGGGAAGUCCAACGCCGACGUGCGAGCUUUAAGCUACUGUGACCUGAGCACCAUUCAGAGAGAAGAUCUGGUGGAGGUGAUUGAUAUGUACCCAGAGUUUGCCGACUACUUCUUCAACAACCUGGAACUUACCUUCAACCUCCGAGACGACUCUCCCAAGAACCCUGAUGUUCAAGAUUGUGAUUCUGAUGGCGAGAACAAUCAAACCAUAAAGAGAAGAAUCUCGUUCACGCCGAAUCUACCUGAAGGGGACGACAAGGAAGUUGUUAAAGAUGCGAAAAAGGAGAGAGGCUCUGACUCGUGCCUAAAGCGGCGUUCGGUCGUCCUGGAUUCCUCGUCGCUCAGCGUUCCAGUCCUGGACCCGGAUCUCCCUGUCGCGGAAAACUUGAGCAGAAGAACAUCUACUGAAGAUCUGCGCUGUGAUAAAUGGGCCUGUAAGAAGCCUGCGGACUACAUGGAUGAGUCAGCGCAGUUCCAGGACCUGAGAGAGGACGAAAACUCUGCCAGCGAAAUGACGUACGGUGAAGUGGAGCAGCGCUUAGGUCAACUUCAAGAACAUUUAAACAGGCUGGAAUCGCAGCUGAUAUCAGAUAUUCAGGCCAUCCUGCAGAUGUUGCAGAGACAGCCGACUCCAGGACCCCCCGCCUACAGCACUGUGACUGCCAGUCCAGACUAUCACGGGCAAGCUGUGAAGGUUCAGCCGGUUUCUCUGACAGCAAGCCAUUUUUUCAGCCAUACAGGAACUCAAGGCCCCAGCCAUAAACUGGAGAGCAGCACCCACGAAUGCAAAGACUCGAGCUUGGCCAUGGCGACCGCGGCCACUGAGCAGAGAUGUGCGGGGCCCCAACAGCAGCAGCAGCAGCAGAUCACCAUGCACCAACAGUCAGCACUGAUCCCAGUCCCAGCUGAAACCUCUUCUGCCUUCUCCUCCUCCGCAUCCCCUCCCAGCUCCAGCAACACGGCUGGACAACACAGACCUGUCUCAGAGCCAGACUUCCCAACACCAUGAACCUUUCAGCACCAUCCCAGUCUAACACUGGGGGGAGGGAGGGGGGGGUUUGGACAAUGCUGUAAUUUCAAAGUAGCACUUUUUUUUUGGGGGGGGGCGGUUUGGUUUUGUUUUUUAUCAGCAUGCUGGCACAGCCAUCUGUAUCGUGAAAGUGGCUUUGUCAUAGAAGUGUUCAUAAAUUGUGCAUGUGGAUAAAACGCCUCUUGGCAGUUCAGAAGAAAGAAGAAAGCUUUAACAGUGUACUCACAUUUGCAUACUUUAUCUUCGUCACAAAAAGAAAAAGAUUGGAUUUGCAAUUAUCGUCACUCGUCUUGAUUCUACAGAUGCACACGCAGAUGUCCGACUGAAGCGCCCUGGACCUUUUCCACCCAGUGGGAACUGUGCUGCAGCUUUUUUUUUCCUUUAUGUUCUCGCACAGUUGCUCAGGCUGAAGAGGGUCCCGGAGCAAAGGUCAGCCAGGACGAGCACCACACCACCCGCCAGUGAACCACUCCGUCCUCGCCAACAGGAACAAAAACUGGUUACAUUGACAAUCAGAGGGAUGUGUCCCAUCCUCCCCUUUCUCAACAAGAAAAGCUGCCUGACCUACCUCACUCAAGACAGGUGAUGGUGACCAGCAUCCAGUCAUGUCACACCACCUUUUUCUUCUUUCUUUGUUUAUUUGUCCCUUUUCCUGGUGCCAGUCGCUCAGUCGUGGAAAAAAGACUGGCUCCCCCUGACCUCUACCGGGUCCUCAUCAUCACAGCUCGCAAAUCUGCACACAGGAGGUGAAUCGCCCCGAAAUGUUACUCUCAUCAGCCCGUCCUCAGUACCUCCAUUGGUGGGUACGAGGGUUUGCUAAGAAUGCCUGGUGAAAAGAUACAGCUCUCAUUCUCAAAAACCAGUCCUGUCCGAUCUGGCAGAUUGAGACGAUGAGGGCGGCAGCAACAUCGAAUGACUAGUUGUGUACAAAGUUUGGAAGAGAGGUACCGUAUUGGCCCGAAUAUAAGACGGAGUUUUUUGCAUGGAAAUAAGACUGAAAAAGUGGGCGUCGUCUUACAUUCGGGGUCUAGACGUUAAACCCAUUCACAACGCUAGAUGGUGCCAGAAAUCUUUAAAGCGAAUGCUGAACUUAACUCCCCAGGCCAAAGCCAACCCCCGUCACGAAGAAUAAAAAUAAAAACAGCGGUAGCACAAAGAAGAAAAAUAAAAAAAUAGUGGUAAGAAAGAAAAGAGAAGAAAAUAAGAGCAGAGAUAACAGAAAAUGGAGAAACGUAGCGACAAUCUGGAGAAAAGAGGGUGAAAGAUCGUCCAGGUUAACCGGCAGCUGAGAAGUUAUGAUGCAAACUUCAAGAUGAUGAUUUGAAUGAGGCAAAAUAACAUGCUUUUUCUCUCGCAUAUAUUGUUAUAAUCAUUUGUUUCAGAUGUACUGUAAUUAUUUUCUGUAUAAAAAUUGAAUUUGGUGUUCAAAAAGUCUUUUUACAAACUUGAUUCUUGAAAAAGAGGGGGUCGUCUUAUAAUCAGGGUCGUCUUAUAUUCGGGCCGAUACGGUAAGUCAGCUGACGGAUAAAGUAUUAGUCACUAUUAAGCACUUCUGUUAGGAAAGCAAGGGAGGGGAGGGGAAGAGAGUGGGCUGACAGAAGGCUAUUAGUGUCGGUCACCAGCACAUAACCAACAUCUUGAAAGGUUUCCAGUCCUUCAUGUCUGUUUUGUCAACCCUGGAAGGUAUUCAUUCCGGAUACUGAUUGUCAAUGCGAAGCAGCUACCGUCGUAAUCACUGCCAGAGUCAGUCUCUCACUUUGCUGUACUCAAGAGCAACAACCUACAAGAGGUGGAAGCUUAAGCUGGAGGUUACGAAUGCUGGACGGCGACAGCCUAUCACUGUCUUCAAGGCUGGCAGGGUGGCAGCUCGUGAGCACAGAUGGUUGUUCAAGCUGUCGCAGACCGAGGCUCAACACAAGGAUGCGAGCCAGACAGAAGUGGGGUCUCGCACUGCUUCGUGUCGUCAUCGUACAUAAACGCCUGAAGUAUGAGAAGGUUACUUUGCUCCGACAUAAAAACUGAUGACUCGGCCAUCUUCUUCUGACGAGGCUCCGGAAGCACAUUUCCUGGGACAGAACAUCUCACAUGGACGCCCUCAACAGUCUUGGAAGAACCCUGUCAUGUUCACUUUCUACAGUUACAUACAUAAACUAUACAAACUAUUUUUUGCAGAUCUUAGUGUAAUGCAGCAUUAUUGCGAAGGUGUGUGAACAGUUUUCUUAUAUUUAGUUGUAUGCUUGUCUUCUCUGAAGUGUAACUCAGGGGUUAUGGACAAUUGCACUGCAAUAUACAGUACAUUAUAAAGUAUAUCAUAGCUUUCUUCUUUAAAUAACGUGCAUUAUUACUUCAGUCACUGACGUGCACCUACUGUAUAAGCCAACAGAACACACCACACACGCUUGAGGAGAUACAACGUGCGGAUUUGAACGCGUUCUCCUUUUAUCCCAGAGCUAGUCCUCCAACCAGCAAGUAUGACGAAGGCAUUUCUACAAAGCAGUGCAUGUGUUUUGUUUCUUUUUCUUUUUCUUUUUAAUGUAUCUACACAUUUACUGCUUUGCACUGUUCAUGAGCCCAAAGUAGCAUAUUAGAACCUAAAAUGAUGUCAGCAUUCUUGUCUUUUAAAGAGGUGUGUUGAGGGAGGAGACGGGGGGGAGGAUUCAAAAAGUCACAUUAGUACUUGCGCAUAAGCAGGCCCCAAAGAGGGUCUUGUGCCUAUACGAGCAACCCGAAUGCUAAAUCAGCAUCUUUAUGUAUAAAAUUAACUGUCACUUAAUAUUGUCGUUUCCCUGUAGAAUUUUGGGCAGUGUACAUAAAAGCAAAUUAUUGUUAGACAACUGUAGAAAACAAACAAAUCGAAUUGCAAGAUGUAAAUACUACUAUUAUUUUUUUACUGAAUGCAUUUUUGAGAGAUUCUGUAGUAAAACAGAAAGUAGUGCAUAUGCUUGUUUUGAAACUGUGGAAGCAAUAAAGGAAACCAUACAGCUGCAACUGUGUCACCUAUUUUCCC